AUGACAGCUGGCUCUGUCUCAGUACCUCAGGUCAUACCACUUCGAAUUCCUCCUCCAGGGAAGGCUAAACAUGAAAUAGACACAAAUACUCUCGUAGAAAUAAAAUCAGAUGGAAGUAAGCCAGAACUCAUCAGGAAACCUGGCUACAGAGAGCAGAGCACUUUUAAGUAUGAGGGCCCUAUUGUAUUACCAGUUGGAAAAAUAGUGGUCAAGGCACUAGCAGUGACAAAGGACUGCAGGGAGAGUACGGUCGUAACAAAGGUGUUUCUGGUAGAGUACAAGCAACCAGACAUCCUUUUCUCUGUUGAAGACAAUGACAAGAAUUUCCUAAAAGAUGUCACCACGCAGGAGAGGGAAGGUGCAAUGUUUACUACAGAACAAAAGAAGAAUGGAGUGAACAUGGAAAUCAAGCCUGCCUGGACUGAAGCACCCCAAGAUUUUCAAGACUUGGAAACAGAAAGAAAGACUGGUCACAGGCCCUUGCAAGGACCACAGCUCCUUGCCAGUCCUUUGGAAACAAGAGCAUACAGAGAGAAAUCCAUCUCAGUACUACCAAUAGAGUCAUUACAGUUUGCUAGUUCCUCUGCAGUGACCAGCCGGAAAAGCUUAGCAAGCACACGCCUAUCAAGGAUCCAGAGGGAAACAGAUUUCCUCAAAUGUGCAGGCUGUUGUGCACCUCGUCUGUCUGACCCCCUGGCGAACUUCUGUCAGGAAUGUGGAUCUCCUGUCCCACCCGUGCCCGUGCGUCGCUUCCCGUCCCCUGAAGGAGCACAGAUGGCACCAUGUGUUGAAUGCAGACAUCUUGUGCCAAAGAAUACACCCACUUGCAUUGUAUGUGAGUCACCAACAGCUCCACAGCUGCAGCCCCAAACCCACAGCUGCAUAAAGGGUAAAAUAAUUUGUCAGGCGUGUGGCACAGGAAAUCCUCUUCACCAUAAACACUGUGUGACUUGUGAAAACAAACUGCCUGAAAUGCACAUGCCCACCUUUGGAGGAGACACCCCCCUGCCUUACCACAGCCAGGAAGAGAAGACAGUUUCAUGCUCAAAAUGCAACCGUGUUAAGCCAUGUGAUGCCCAUUCCUGUGACUGGUGUGGAGCCAAGCCUGGGCCUCCUCCCUCCUGCUUCACUUGUUUGGAGUGUGGCACACAGAACCAUCUCUACGCUCGCUUCUGCGGGGCCUGUGGCGUUUGCAUAGAGCCCACAUCAAGGGUGGCUUCCCACAACAGCAUCCUGAUGGAUACUGGGGACUUGCUGGGGCUUUCUGAGGCUAAACAAUUGCAAGCUCAAGUUGCCUGUCAGCCUCUUCCUAUUCCCUUGCCCAAAACUAAGGCAGAACUAAAAGAAAGAGAAGACAAAGGAACCCAAACCAUUGGACUUUUUUACCCAUGUAGCAAACUGUUGGAAAGGAAGGAGCUUGAGCUGAUUUCACAAAAAGAAAAGCUGGAGAAGAUGAGUGGUCACAGGCCUCCUCUGACAGCUAUUAGUCCUGGAAAAGGUUACUGGAGAAAACAGCUGGAUCAUGUCUGUGCUCACCUUAGAAGCUAUGCUCAGAACAACCUUGAAUUCAGAGCACUGAUUGGAGAACCUCAAAUGGGAAAGAUUAAUUCCGCCACCAUCCGUGAAGAUGACUAUGAAGUCAUUAUUACACUGAAUUAUGCUCUUGCUAUUAACAAGGAUACUCAUACUAAUAAAGCAGUGAAGUUCAGCAGUCAUGACCUGAACACCCUAAGAGAAGUCAGAGAAGGACAGAAUGGCAGUCAGACUAAUUUAGGCAAAGAUGGUCCUAAUCUUCUCCAUUCAAGAGGCAAAAUAAAGAGAACAAAGUCAAGAAGGCUCACAGAAAAAGAAGAUAAGCUCCCUCCACAGUCCGUACAACCACCGGAUGAACUGGGUCCAAAUGGGAAAGGAAGAAUCACCUUCUUAGAACAGCUGCUUAGUGAAGGAGCUGACCUGAACAGCAUCAGUAAUGAGGCCCAACCUGGUGUCCCCAACAAGCACACAGAAGCAACCUCCCCUCUGGUGCAGGAAGGUGCCAGCACUGACCAGCAGUCUGGAAUACACACCAGCACUGCCCCCCAUGAAGCAGUUCUGCAUGGAUCAGAGGCACAGGAACGCACCUGAGCCCCGUGUCACUGCAAUGCAAGCAUAAAAAAGAAUGCAAAGGAGCAAUCUGUGUGUGAUUCGGCUGUUACACCUGGAAACAAUGAAGUUCUUUCAUUUUUCACAAGUAAGCUUGGACAGGGAACACUGGAAAAACUUAGAAAACCCAGGAAUAUUAAUUUUGUCAGUGUGUAA